AUACUUGAGCUGUCACUUAUAGCAUCGGGAAUAAUUUUAAUCUUGUUGAUAAAUAAUUUCUGACCUAUUAACUUCUAGUGUUAACAAAUGAACAAUAGCAUGGACUUUUACUAAGUAAAAGCAAGAAUUGUCAUUUUUAAGCAAUGACGCAGAAUAAAUAAAAUUUAUAAUUAAAAUUAACACUUACUGUAUUAAUAUUCUUUAUAUUGUCUUGUUGGAUAUCGAUUGAAUAAAAUAACAACUAUGAAUUUUGGCAUGGAUUGGGAGGCUGAGCAUCGACGUGUCUUGCUGGAUGGAAAUGCAGCGUUGGAUCGUUCAGCGCAAUCGGUCGCAAGAUCACAGGCUGUCGCAGCAGAAAGCGAGCAGAUCGGGACGGAAGUGAUUUCCGAGCUGGGUGAGCAGAGAGAUCGUCUUCUACGAGCAAAACGGAGAUUGUCGCAGACAGAUGAAGAAUUGAAUAAGACAAGGAAAAUUCUGAAUAUUAUGCGACUAAGGGUCUUGACGAAUAAGAUUGUGCUAAUUUUGAUCAUAUUGCUGGAACUAGCCAUUCUUGGCAUAACUGUAUAUUUAAAAUUCUUUCAUAAGUAAAUCAUCUUAAGGUCAACAGAGUUAAGGAAAUUGCAAUUGUAUAUACAAUGUAUAAUAUAUAUUAACUAAUAAUAAUUCAUUGUAUAGAUA